ACCAACUUUGUUUACACAUAGCUUUUGCAGCAAGUUAUUGAAUGAUAUUCACAUAGACUAAUAAAGGAAGGAUUGUUAUUAAGUAAUAUUGAUUAUUUAGUUAUGACAUAUUGCUAUUAAUUACAUGAUUUGCUAAGUUUCAUCGCGGAAAUAGUAUGGAUUAUUUUUCAACAGAAGAUUAUUCUUCAACAGAAGAUGACGAGCUUUCAGAAGAAAGUAAAUUGGAUAUAUCUAAGAAAGUAGAAAUAUUGGAAAAAGAUCGAGAAGCCAGAUGGAAUGAUUUUAUGGAGAGAUAUUCCACACGUGAUUGUGGUUCAUCAAGUGAUGUUGUGGACAUGGAUAAUAUUGAAAAUUUUGUGUCCAGGAGUUUGUGUCAAAAGAGUCUUGACUGUUCAUCCCUUCAGAGUUCUGAAGUAGAACAAAUUGAUUUUGAGGCUAAUGAUUAUCUUAAGCCUAGUUCUUCAAAAAAUACAAGAUCAAAGAAUUGUAUUGUAGAUGAAAUUAGUAUAUGUGAGAGUCAAAAGUCGGAAUGUUUCAAAUUAUCUGAGAAUAUGAAGGAGGAAGAACAAAUUAUUGAUCUCAAAAACUUCAUUGAAAAUGUUUUAAAUAUUAAAUUGGAAGCAUAUUUUGUCCAGUUGUGGAGUUCUAUUAUUAAAAGAGAUGGAAAACAAUCUGUGUUGAGAAAAGUAUUUCUUGAGAAUAUUAAGAUUGUGAGGAAAAAAGUAGAUGAUGACUUAAUUAUAAUGUAUUUUGAAAAAUGUAUUCAGCUUCCUGAUGUAAAAAAACUAUUUCACACAAUAGAGAAGGAGUUGCAAAGUAAUUUGAAACUGUAUUUUGCAAUGAGAGAGAAAAACAUUAUAAUACACGAUGUUAAUACCAUAGAGAAGGAAUGGGAACUAUUGGAAAAACAGAUUUCCACAAAAGAAAUAUGUUGGUACCACGCAAUAUUGUAUGGAUUUUCACCAUUAUUCGUUUUCAAGAAUGAUAUACUGCAGCAAUAGAAGAGAUGUUUCUUUUUGAUAAUUCAAAUGAAAAGUGAGUAACUGAGAAACAGUGAUAAAAUCUGCUGAUAGGAUCAAAUCACAAAUCAAUCUGCUCAAAUGUGAAAAUCUUUGUGUUUUGUCGAAUUCAAUUGUCGCUUUUGAUAAUUUUUUAUUGAAAUUUGAUGUAUAUGAUUGUAAUAACUGUGUUCCACCUGCAGCAAUUGUAAAAAAAUAAGGCAAUCUACGAAUACGAAUUUUAUUUCACUCUUUUUAUAUCAGUUUGUCCUACUGUACCAGUUGAUGUCAUUUUGAUAUUAUACCCAUUUAUUUUUGUAUUUCUUGUAACUUCUAGUAAUUUUUGUUGUAUUCUUUCAUUAGACAUGUUGUUUUAUUGUGUUUAAACUAUACUUAGGUAUUUAUAAUAAAAAUUAGAAAAUUG